AUGUCAACUCUGUUCAACGGCCGCUCACCUGCAAGCUGUCUCGCUUCUUCUUCCUCCGCAGAACACUGGAAUACCCGGGAUGUGGGGCACGGGCAGCUCCCUGUGUUGCGCUGGGGCUAUCACCGGAAUACGACGUUCUUCACUGCGUCGGCGUACUUCAUUUCACUUGCUUGCACCACCAUAUUGUAUCGUUUGUCUCCAUGGCAUCCUCUCGCCUCCUAUCCGGGGCCGUUACUGUGGAGAAUGAGUAGUAUGCGAUUGUCUUACGAUACAUUCUGCGGAAGACGAUCCCGAACUCUGCAUCAAUUUCAUGCCAAAUAUGGUCCUUUCGUCCGCAUAGGACCCAAUAUCCUCUCCAUCAACUCUCCGUCUGGCGCAUCUAUUUAUACUGCCAUGGAGAAGAGCGAUUCAUAUCGUUUCCCAAGUAAUGACGGCGUGGUGGCGAUGUUCUUUAAGCAAGACACCAAAGACCUCCAUCGAGAACGGAAGCGCAUCUGGAAUGGCCUAUUCUCACCAAGCGGCCUUGCGCAGUUAGUUCCCUCGCUGGAGCAGCGGACGUGGGAGUUACUACAAUGUCUCGAGCGUCGACAGUCCGGAAAUGGUGGAUGGGUUGACAUCCCAGAGGCCUUCUAUCAUUGGUCCCAUGAUCUGACGGGCGAUAUUGUAUUCAGCGGGUGCAAUGAAUUGGAGCUGAUGAACAACGGUGACCCCCAUGGUAUCAUAAACGCCGGGAAGAUGGCGAAUGCCGUGCAUGAGAGCUUCGGGCAGAGUCCAUGGCUCCUCGAAUUAGUUCGGUGCAUCCCAAUUGGACGAGAAGUGCACGGAUUUGUUGGCCUUGCGGCGGAGAUGACACGUAACAGGCUCAAAGCCGUGGACUUACCGCCUUUCCGAGACCUCAUGUCUUAUCUGAUUGAGGCUGGUGUCCAAACCAAGGACCUCGAGAGGGAUGCAAUCGUUGCUAUUUUGGGAGCGUCGGACAAUACACCCGUCAUGUUGGCAUUGGCAUGCUAUUAUCUGACUGCUGAGCCGCGGUGCUUCCGGAAGCUUCGCAAAGAACUGGAGCAAGUCUUUGCCGACCCCCUAGGCCCAAUGCCCCUCAACACGUUGAGCAAACUUCCGGUGUUGAACGGGGUGAUCGAGGAAGUCCUCAGAUUGAACUCUCCUUACUUCAUGCCUCGAGUCGUACCGCCGGGUGGAACUCAUUUGGACGGACAUUAUAUUCCUGAGAACACAAUCGUCGCACUCGCCCCACAUCUGCAGCAUACAGAUCCAGAGAACUUCUUUCCCGAACCAUUGAGUUUUCGUCCAGAGAGAUGGAUGCCGCAAGGCUUGGGUCCCUACACCCGGACCAACAAGUCUGUGCUCGCGUCUUUCUCUUUCGGUCCCCACGCUUGCAUUGGAAAGACGCUCGCAUACCACGAGAUGAGAUACGUUCUAUCUCGCAUGGCCUUAAUCUACGACAUGGAAUUCGCGCCCGGAUUCGAUUGCCGGGCAUUUCGGAGCGGCAUCGUCAAUAUGCGAACUACAUACAUGAAAACGCCCCUUCGCAUGAAACUCAUCCGAAGACCUGGUAUUGAAUUCGAAGCCCUACUCGAAAAGCUCUCUUAG